CGUCGUUUGGAUUGUAUUGCCCGCCUUCUCUAAAACCCUAAGCCAAUAUCCAUAAACCCUAAACCUCAACUCAUCCCUGACCCCGCAUUAGUUCUCCAUUGCAAUGGCUCCGAGUUUCGUAUUCGAGCCCCCAAGCGACGAAGAAUAUUCCGAUGCCGAAGAAGAAGAACAGCAAGAAGAACAACAGGAGGAAGAAGAAGAUGAACAACAAGAAGGUGUAAAACCCUCGCGACCUCGCCAUUCUCAAUCCCCAUGGGACUUUGCUGCGUACUCCGAAACAGUCGCCGAAGAACAUGCUCGUCGAAGCACCACCUCCGUCGAUUUCAAGAUCUCCAAAGCCCUGCAACAACGAUCCGUCCCAAUCUCAGACCCCAUUUCCGACGAUGGUACUAGCUCCGGAUCCGAGUCCGACAAACAGGAAGAUUAUAAGCCAGAAGAUGAUGAAGGCGAUGAUGCCACUAAUGUCAGUGACAGUAAGUCAUUUUUCUCUCCCUCAGACGGAGCGUCGUUUAAUGCAAAUUCGUUUAUGGAGCUCAAUUUGUCACGUCCUUUGCUUCGGGCGUGUGAGAAGUUGGGCUAUACCAAGCCGACUCCAAUUCAGGCAGCGUGCAUACCAUUAGCUCUGACCGGGCGUGAUAUAUGUGGGAGUGCAAUUACUGGUUCUGGGAAGACCGCUGCCUUUGCCUUACCUACUCUGGAGAGACUAUUGUUUCGCCCGAAGCGGGUACCAGCUAUAAGAGUCCUUGUUCUGACCCCAGCCAGAGAACUGGCAGUUCAGGUUCAUAGUAUGAUUGAGAAACUUGCCCAGUUUACCGAUAUCAGAUGUUGCCUGGUUGUUGGAGGGUUAUCAUUAAAGGCACAAGAGGCGGCCUUGAGAUCAAUGCCAGAUAUCGUUGUGGCUACUCCUGGACGCAUUAUAGAUCAUUUACGUAAUUCUAUGUCUGUGGAUUUGGAAGAUCUCGCUGUUCUAAUUCUUGAUGAGGCAGAUCGCCUUUUGGAGGUUGGAUUUAGUGCUGAGAUUCGUGAGCUGAUUCGUGUAUGCCCCAAAAGGAGACAAACCAUGCUAUUUUCAGCUACGAUGACUGAAGAAGUUGAUGAACUUGUCAAACUUUCUCUGACCAAACCAGUACGCCUCUCAGCUGACCCUUCUGCGAAACGUCCAGUGACACUAACUGAGGAGGUGGUUAGAAUACGACGAAUGCGUGAAGUAAAUCAGGAGGCAGUUCUACUUGCAUUGUGUUCAAAGACAUUCACUUCCAGAGUGAUCAUAUUCAGUGGUACAAAACAGGCAGCACACAGGUUGAAGAUAUUAUUUGGGUUAGCUGGCUUUAAAGCUGCUGAGCUUCAUGGCAACCUUACUCAAGUCCAGCGCCUAGAUGCAUUGGAACUUUUCAGGAAGCAGGGAGCUGAUUAUUUGAUUGCAACUGAUGUGGCUGCUCGUGGACUUGACAUAAUUGGUGUUCAAACAGUUAUAAACUAUGCAUGUCCUCGUGACCUUACAAGCUAUGUUCAUCGCGUGGGUCGUACAGCAAGAGCUGGCAGAGAAGGAUAUGCUGUUACUUUCGUGACAGACAAUGACCGAUCACUUUUAAAAGCCAUUGCAAAAAGAGCUGGUUCAAAGUUGAGGAGUCGAAUUGUGGCAGAACAAUCAAUUACUAAGUGGUCUCAGAUAAUUGAGCAGAUGGAAGAUCAAGUGGCCGCAAUUUUUCAAGAAGAGAGGGAAGAGCAAGCACUAAGAAAAGCUGAAAUGGAAGCAAACAAGGCAGAGAAUAUGAUUGCACACAAAGAUGAAAUUUAUUCGCGCCCCAAAAGAACCUGGUUUGUAACAGAAAAGGAAAAAAGGAUUGUAAUGAAGGCAGCUAAGGCAUCCAAUGAAAGUGAAAAGCACUCUGGAAUUGAGGUAAUCAGUGCCCAACAAGCUGAAGACUUGAAACUGAAAGAAAAGAGGAAGCGGGAGCGUGAGAAAAAUUUGCCCCGAAAGAAGCGAAGGAAAUUGGAAGCAGCCAGGGAAAUGUUAGAUGAGGAAAAUCAAAAUGAAAAGUCGGAUGGUAGUGGAAAAAGUAAGAAGGAGAAGACUGGAAUGCCACUUGUUGAUGUGGCUUACCGACGGGCAAAAGCUGUGAAGGCUGCAAAGAAGGCAACAGAUGCUGGCAAGAUUGGGAGGAAGCCUAGCAAGAAGUCUAGUAGUACUCCGCAAAGAACUGAGUCAAGGACAGAUGAGAUGCAGGACCUGUUCCAGAGCGACAUGAGUCAAAGGAAGCAGAACAGAAAAAGCAAUGGAGCCGGAAAGAAAAAGUCCAAAAAUUCUUUUAAGAGCAAGUCAAGGUACAAGCGGAGGUAGCUCCAUCAAGCUUGCAAUGAAUCCCCUAUACCAUGCAAAGUGUGAUUGGUUUCUUCAAAGGGGUACUGAGGAGCAUCUGAGCACGUAACCGGUACCGUACUACCAUGGUAGCAAGAGCUGGCUAGCUUGUGCUAAAAGAAUUUUUAAUGUAAUUUAAUCGUGCUUGGUUGCCUGUCUCAUGUAUAUCUGCAUUAAUACAGUUAAUUUGUUUAAUUUUUUAAGCAUUAUUCGUAUAUCUACAUUAAUAUUCA